UUCGGGAUUCAAGCCGGUGUUUUCAGAGGGGCAGAGCGAGCACGGCGGGUCCCAGCUCCGCAGACUACAGCAGUUCAUGUGAGAGCAGCUCGGGCACACCUGGUUGGACCGUGAAGAGCAGUUCAGCGACCGAGACAGCUCCACUCAGCAGCUCCCGAGUUAAUCACUUGAGGAAUGUGGUGCAAUUAGGACGGAGACCGAGAGCUGAAAAUUCAUAUCAACUUCCAACUUUUAAGUUACUUUUUUCCUCCCUUCGACUUUGAACUUAUCAGAAAAAAGGGAUCAUGGCCACAGGCGGAUUCAAGUCAAGCGCCGCGACGGACUUUUUGGAGGAGUGGAAGGCAAAACGGGAGAAAAUGAGAGCCAAAAUGCUGGGGGACAUUGCCGCAGCCACUGGUACUCCCUUGGGUGCCAGCAAUACAAACAGCAGCCGCAACGCCGUUCCUCCUCCAUCUCCUCCUCCUCUUCCUUCGGCCACCGAGUUCACCAACAACGGCAACCCGGACCGAAGCUCCUCCGCUGGGAACUGCCACCCUUCCUCCUACGCGGUUGCUCGGUCCUCCUCUGGCACUUCUCUAAAGAGGCCCGAGGAGGAAAUGCACCACCCCGUGGCACCCUCAGCCACGCCGGGAAGCAACCUGAAGAAGGCCCUGCCUCAGCCAGAGAAGACUCAGGAUUCUACUCCCAUGGCUUGCAACGACAGUGACAAGGAAAGCCCGUCACCCAGCAGCAAGGGCAAGGAGAAGAAGAGCACCGGGCCCAGCGCCAGGAAGGGGAAAGGACAGAUCGAGAAGAGGAAGUUAAGGGAAAAGAGGAGAUCCACAGGUGUCGUGAACAUACCAUCCAAUGAGAGCCUGGAUGAGCUGGAUGAUGAUGAUGGCGGAGAGAAGGACAGGAGGGAGGAGGAGGAGCUGGUUCAGGCCAACACGUUUCAGAAUGAGUCCAUGACAGCUGACCCUGCCACCGGCUACUUACUGGAGACUCCGAGAUCUGGAAGCGGCCGCUACAAGAGCUUUCCACAAAUGGGGUUGGAGGAGGACAUAGGCGGGAACAGCCGACAGCGACACAACCGCCACGGCCGAGAUGGAGGAGCUUCAGCACCUGGAAGUCUGGAGAAAAGGAUAGAAGAGCUGGAGAGGGAGCUGGCCAGAGAGCGUCAGGAGAACGCCAGGUUGCUGAAAGCCUACCAGGACAAAGAUGAUCUCAUUGGGAAGCUGAAGGAGGAAAUUGACUUGCUGAACCAAGACCUGGAUGACAUCGAAGAUGAGAACGAGCAACUCAAACAAGAGAACAAGACUCUGCUGAAAGUGGUAGGCCAGCUGACGAGGUAGAACCAGAUCCGGCACAACAACCCAGCAACUCUGUCGUCUCCCCUCUCCAAACCAGCCUCCUGCUCUGGGUCAAGUCCAGCAGGGUCACCUUUUAUCUGUUUGAAUCUGUGUUUUUUUUGUUUUUUUUGUUUUUGUUUUUUGUCUGUUAGAGUGAGACUGUAAAUCAGCUGUCAUCUGAGGCGCACAGCCUUAAAAUGCAUCCCUCCUAUCUGAGGAGGAUUAUUCCAAUUGUUGUGAAAGCUACAGCUGAACUGAGUGGUGGGGAUUUUCGGUUAUCCUAUACAUAUUAUAUGUAAAUGUACUGUAUAUAGGCCAUUUAGAUUGUUAAUUUUUUUUUUGAUUUCUGAUAAGGUCUUAAAAAAAAAAAAAAGUUGCUAAAAUACAUUGAAUGUAUGUGCUGCAAAAACAAGCGCACACAAAGUCUUUUCAAACUUUGGAUGCUAAAAUCUUAGUCCAGACAUCUCCACAAACUACACCCAACACUCACCCAGGUAAACUGAAAAAGAUUUCCAUUGUUGCAAUGUUUGAAUUGUGUCUGAAGCCAGUGCAGUGCUGCUGUUUAGGACCAAAUCCAAUAUAAUUAUUGCUACAGUAUCAGCAGCCAAAGUGGGCAUAGUGCCUUGCAAUGCAUGUGAGAUUUUUUUUCUUUUUUUUAAAUAUAAUUUUUUUAAAUGGUUAAAGCCUGGUGCUUUAUUAAUGGACACUGGUGCCAGAUUUACUUUCUUCCAAUAACUUUUUGGUACAUCUUAAUCCCACAAGGGCUAAUCUGAAAAAAUAUGCAUUUUAAGUAUAUCCCAUUUAAACAAUCAGUUUAAAAAUAAUAUCAAUAAAAUGCUUUACUCAUUUCAAUGUCGACAUCUUGAGUAUUAUAGCUGACACUUAUGAAACAUCUUUGGGUAAAAUCCUUGUCUAUCAUAUAUCUGGAUUCAUUUUCUUAAAAGAUAUUUUGCUCUUGUUUACAAGUUCAGCCUUUGUGAUAUUUAAUAGAUGUUUAGUACGGAGUUUUCUGGACCUUUAAUAUACGGUUUAAACAGAAUUAAUUGGCAGUUUGAAAAUUGUGAGAGCAAAACUGAAGACACUGUGCUUAAAAUGUUUUCUUGCAAGAAAAACAUCUUUGUAAAUCCAACGUUUUUGGAAAUCUAAAAGUUGUUUAUGAAUUCAAAAGUUUUGCUUCCUGUCGAGGUGACCUACAUAUAAAACUGGCUAGUUUCAUAGCAAACAUGCUACAUCUGACCUGUUCCAUGUAGACUGCUGUUGUAUAAUGAGCUGUAUGAAUUGGCAGCAAUUGAUAUUGAAUGCUAAGAUUGAAGUACUGAAGUUGGGACUAUACAAAUGUUCACUGAUUUUCUAUUUUUUGGGAAACAGAGUAUCAGUGCUCUUUACCAGGGAUGUUCCCGGAAACUAAUUUUACUCGUCACUUAAAUAUGAGGGGGGAAAAAUCAGAAUAAUAAAGUAUUUUAAGAUGCAUUUGAAAGUCUUUAUAUUCUUCAGCAAUCUGACUAUAUUUUAAAAAUGUGCUAAAAAAUGUAACACUUUCUGGCUUGACUUCAACAUAUUAGAUCAGUUAGCUGAGUGUGGCUAAAGGUAGCACCAGCAAUCGUUUCUCCUUUAAAGUCCACAAACCUGUCUAAAUGAAUAUAGCCAUGUAAUGUUCUGGCUAUGUGUCACUUUCAUCUGAUAGAGUGGAUGUAAAACCAUUAAUUUUCUAGGUCCAAGUACUGCGUGAUUAAUGCAGUGAGAUCGAGAUCUUAUUUUCCACCUUACUCUUUACAACUUCCUGUCAUAGAGACGAAGAGGGUUGCUGCUAUAUGUGAAUGCUGACCGGGUGUGUAACCUUUUUAGACGCAAUGAUUGGCUGGCACUGUACAUUAAUAAAAUGUGGAAAAAAAUAGGCUCUCUCAUAUAUUUUGGUUGCCACUUAGCAGGGCAGCAUUAUUUAGGCCCCAGUCACACAGGCCUAGAGACCAGUCGAUGAACGGCUAGUAACUAGGGAAAAAUUGGUAUUUCCUGACUGGUUGGCAAGUGGUUGUGGGAGGUUGCCUGUUAGGUCUCUUGGAGAAAUUUGUCACAAGGAAUUAUGUUGCUGCACUAACAAAACCUUGCAAUUGCUUCGGUCACUAGCAGAAUUCUGUAGUUCCCUGUAGUUUCCUUGGAAGAGGAGUUAUCUGCAAAUAUUUGCUAGCUACUUGCAAAGCGGUUGUGAAACAAACCGGAAAUGGAGACCAUUUGCCUUAAAAUAAAAGUUAAGCCUUUUGAAACAUGUCGAUUUCGGCAAUAAGGCACAACUUUUACUUUGAAAGUGUCUUACAUAUUUCUUUGUAGCUCCGACCGGUGAGAUUCAGGUCAACAGUAAGCAAAGCUUCUGCUUUUGUAAACAGCACAUUUGGAAUAAUAUUUUAAAUGAUAAACUAUUUUUAGGUCUAAUAUCUACAGUUUCUUUAUUGUAAACCUGCUGUUUAAUGACACAGAAGUAACUCCAUAUUUUACUUCUGUUUUUCUGCCUUUUAGAAUGCGUGGAGCGAGUUAUAGUGCAUUUUUUUUUUUUUGUAUGAUAACCAAAUGAACUGAAGGAGCAUACUGUUUGAAAUGCAUCUCUUUUGUUUACUCAAGGGAACAGGCUUUGAUGGUAGCAGAAUUUUACUUUCUUAUUUUAUUUAGCCGCUCCUCUCCCAGCGAGGAGGUGCACGGUGAUCUCAUGCGCUGUGGCAAAGGGUCUUUAGGCUCACUGCUUCCACAUACAUUCACAUGUUUUGGGGUAAAGAUCAUCCCCACAUAGACAGACACCACAGACCCAUCUCUCUUUCCACUGCAUUAUGCAUGUACAGAAGAUUAAGUCAUUUAAUAAAAGUUUGAUUAUCUCUCUCCUCA